UGCAGCCGGUCUCAUCUCACGCCAUGUGUUGUUGUUUUUUUUCCGGCACGAUGUGGAAAAUCCUCUGAGAAUAUGGUGCUCUAGAGCUCUCGCACGAGUAAAUCUCUUCCUUCAGUCUACUCCCUCACACAUGGAUAAUGUCCCGGAAAAUCUCCUCCUAAUUGACCUGUGCUCCGUCCGGAUGCGAUAAACCGAUAGAAGAAGCCGUCAACGCAUCCGUCUCUUGCGAGUUCCGACGUAAGUACGCAAAAUGAGUUUUCCACGGUCUCCUGCAGAGUCCGCAGGCAUGCACGGGUCCCAUCCAGUGUUCAACCGCUUCUGGCGUCAUUACGACGCUUCGAUGGAAUGGCUGAGACUCCAUUUAGCCGUCAUGAACGAAGUCAGCGCAGAUUACGAGGCCGCGGAUCACGGCUCGCGCGGUGCUCCCAAACGUAGGAAGUUCCCGUGCGACGAUCACCAGGCACGGGCAACCAUGAGAGGAUACCCUGAGUUCGAUGAUGAUGUCGAAACUGAACAGAAGCCAACCGAAGAUCGGGAAGAAGACCCCGCGAUAAGUGAAGAGGUCCUGAACUUUUUCGAAGCCUCCCGGAAACACCGCGAAGCCCGGGACAGAGAGGUCUCCGAACGAAAAUACGAGAACUUGGAGAACCUUAUGUUGACGUCGAGAGAAUCCGCUAUAAAUGUCGGUGCAGACACUAGCGAGGUUUUUGAGAGGAGGCUCAAACACCUCAGAGAGCUUUAUGGGUCGGAGUGGACGAAGAUUCACGGGAUGGAAAUGGCUCUCCAGAGUGGCUUUGACAGAUUUACGAGUCACAGCGACGUACGGCUCUGGCCCAACAUACCGAUAAAGAUUAGACUGAAUUAUUGAGGUUCGCUGUUCUGCGAAAACUCAAACC